GAUGUCGGUCAUGUGAUCAGCUGUGUCCAAUCACAGCUGAUCACAUGGGACAUGUACACUGAUCAUCAGGGCACUGAUGAUCAGUGUGCCCUGAUGAUCUGUGUAACCCCAGCAGUGCCACCUGUCAGUGUCCAUCAGUGCCAGCGCUCAUCCAUGCCACCUGCCAGUGCCCAUCAAUGCCACAUAUCAGUGUCUACCAGUGCACAUCAAUGCCACAUAUCAGUGUCUACCAGUGCACAUCAAUGCCACAUAUCAGUGCCCAUCUGAGCUGCCUUUCAAUGUCACCCAUCAGUGCCGCCUAUCAGUGCCAGUCAGUGCUGCCAAACAGUGCCACCUAU